UGGGGCCCACAGCCACCAGCUGACGUUCCUACGGCAACGCGUCGAAGCUUCCUCCAGGAGGAUCAUGGGAAAUAUUUCAAGUCCCUGAAGCGGAGGGAGUUUCGAAAUAUUUGACGAUAAGCACUGACAAAGCAGUUGGAUCCUGUAAUCUCGACUAUCACGACGAGCUGAUGCUGUCUUUUAAGCAUGGAGCUGAAACUGGAAGUUGUUUUGUCGUCCAGCAUCAAAAGGAAGAAACCAUGGCCACGUUUUUGUUGGCUUGGGCAGGAGAAGGAGUCUGUGUUCCUGUUAGAUGACAAACGGAUCAGUGAGAUUAACAUAGUGUCUGGUCGCACCAAGAAGAGAACCCCAAAACUCCAGCCUUUACUUAACAGCGUGGUGACAAUGGCUUCGUCCCACAAUGGUGUGUGGCUUUGUGGGCUUUUGGUGUCUGGGCAACUAUUUUUAUGGAACAGAGAUAAAGACCUGCUAAAGACUGCUGCAGCAGCCCCAGAUGUGGUUAAAUCAGUGACUGCUGUUCAAGGAAAUGCAGCACGGGUGUCUCUACAUGUUUCAGGGGAUGGAAUGCGUGUACUUGUGGUAGUCAAAACAGGACAAGUGUUCCUGUGGGAAUGUGUGGAUUUCAAGACUUUGAUGGGAAUGAAAGACGGGACAGUCAAAGGACAGUGGGGAUAUAUACAGCCCCUUGAAGAUAGCCUUCUUCCUUCUUUACAAGACAAAGAGGCAUCUCAUCAUACCCUCUUCAUUAAGACAGAGGCGAUGGGUGAUGCCUGCUUAACAGCCUUUGUUUUUACGUCCGGAAAGAAGCUGAUCAUCACCUUUCUAAAGAUUCACUGGGAAGAGUUCCACAGCAAAAUAGACUCUGUGGGAUACAGUGUACAGUGGGCCACCAAGACAUAUCCUUUAUCUUGUCUCACUCCACCCUGCCAAUCAGUGAAGUCUAGAGGAGCAUUGGUGCCAGGCUUCUCUCCAGAUGGCCUUCUCUUAGCGAUUGUCCUAAACCAGAGGCAGCCAAAGGCUACUCAAGUUCUCUUUGUGAGUACAAAGAAUUUUGUCUCAAUAUCACGCAACCUUGGAGGAUGUGGAAGUAAGAAUAUGCAGAUUCCCUCUAAAUACAUCAGGUCCUACUGGGUGGGGAGCGUGAGCUGGUCACCUGACAGCCUUUUCUUGGCUUGCGUUCUAAAGAGAGGCUCCCUUCUCAUGUUGGCUCGCCUUGGGGAACUUCUCACUCUGUCAAGUACUGGUUGCAGUGUUGACUUUGGCCCCGCACACUUCCUGCCCCUGCACCCUCUCGUCACAUACCGGCCAACAGGGGCAGCAGGGAAAGGAGACGCCUCUCUGUCCAGUUCUAGCUUAUCUGUGCGGGAUGUUCUGAGGCAGCGAUACUCUGUGACAUGGCACCCACGUCUGUUGUAUUUUAUUGUGUCUGAUGGGUACAUGGCCACAGUCAUGAGGGUGUUGGGCAGGCCUUCUCCUGGCCUUGUGCUGAAAACACUUUUGAAGGAUGCAAGCAAGGACCUCGAAAGGGCAGGCCGGUUUCUGGAUAAAUCACAGGCUGACAUGAGAGCGUGGUUGGAGUCUGUAUCUGUGCUGAAUCCUGACAGCAGCCUUGAAAUGUUCAGCCCCACUGCUACAUGUGAGCCAAAACCCACAGACUGUGUCCUUUCACCGGGCACAGAUAGAUCCACUUUGCCCCUUUUCCUGCAGGACAGCAGUACACUGGGCGGUACGAAGGAACUGCUUGAAAAAGUACAGGCUUUCUUUGAGGAUGAUUCUGAUUUAGACGGACCGCCUGUUGGUUCUCAUGUGGAGGAUGGUGGUCGCCUUGAGUUUGCCUCGAUGUUUGACACGCUCCACGCCCUGCAGACACACAAUGAAAAUGCACUGGAUGAUGAAACAGACUUUCAUGAAACAGAGAGGAAGACUCAUGUCCUGCGUUUUGAACUGCCGAAAAUUCAGAAUAAGCUGCUGACAGCCUGGGCACUUGGCGUGUCUCUGGGUAAUACUGUGGAGCACAGAACCCAUCUGCUGAAGCAAACUGUCCACUGUGUGGUGCGGUUUGCUGCUUUACUCCAUUUCAUUCCUGCAUCUGUGGGUGACUCAGAAAGAAAAUAUGCCUCCUUUCCUACUCACCUCCUGCACCUUCUCAAAGGCCUCCUCACCUUUCUUCCUUGGGAUAGCACUCACUCAGAUGGACCCCACUGCCUGGGUCUGGUGGUGGACCUCUGUAAAAGGCUGGUACGUCUGCUGUUGUCGCCUCCGCCCAACUCCUACCAGCCUGGCCACUGUCAGUUAUCUUCCCAGAUGCUAUCCACCGCCCUGUUGAUCCUGCAGAUGGCCGCAGAUUCACUUGACCAUACAUACAGCUUGCAGCAAAGAACUUUUUGGUCCCAUGUAGAGAAGGAAUCUCAUUGCCAGCCUUCAUACGUCUGGUCUUCAGACGUACACUAUGUGCCUCUCCUACAGAAUGAAAAGGUAGAUAAGUCUAUUGUGCUACUUCAGGCACAACCUUCCCCUCAGCGACCAUCUAGCAGAUUGUUUGGAGUGUGGCAGUGGCUCUACAAGAUUACCCAGCAGUACAUAGAAGAACUGACAUUUUUCAAAGGCUGUAAUGGCUGGGAGGAGGAACAGCAACAGUUGUUGGAAAUCAUGUCUCAAAUCCAGACUGCUCUGCAGGCUACAGGAGAGAAGCUGGACCAGGGCCCCACGCUGCUGGAUUACCCAGGUGAACAUUAUUACCUGUGUGGUUCGUUUCCAAAAAGUGCUGAUGUGUGGCGGUCUCAAAUCUGUGAUGAGAGUAAUAAGAGUUGUGAACGCAACAUCUUCCAGGAGACACGGCUGUGCCUAGCACUCCUGUACAGCCUGUUGUCCCAGUACCGUCUCCGGGAAGCACAGGAGUUAGGAGACCACAUGGCCUGCCUCAUACUCCCCAGAGCUGCACAGCAGAAGGACAACGUGACCUGGAGAACAGAGUCUUUGCCUUGUCCGUGGCUACCGAUAGAUCUUCACAGUGGUGCAGCCUGUGCAGUGGUUCAGACGCUGGGGAGAUUCAUGGCCUCAUACUUUACAAACCAGCCCCUUUACAUCUUCCCCCCUCACAAUGUGGCUGUCUUGCCUCCACUACAUCUGCCUCAUGCUUCCAGUGUUGGACGCUUGGUGCCGCUUUGUCAGCAAGAGGUGUCUAAAGCAGUUCGACAACAGCAUCUGUCAGAGGUGUGGACAGUGGAGUAUGCCUUGGACCUGCUCCUGCUCGGAGGUCUGCUCCCUGAGAGUGUGUGGUUAGCUCACCAUCUUGGGGACUGGAAGACAGCAGUUUCUCUGAGCCUGGCUUAUAAAAGCUACUGCUCUGACUACUUUGACUUCACUCAGCUGAAGUGGAAAGAGCUCCAUCUCCCAACAGGUUUGGACCCAGAAAGUAUUUUCUGGGCUGAAUUUAAGUGUCAUCUUGGCAAUAUGUCUGCCUCCCAAGACAACAGAGACAAGGAUGAUGACAGGAGCUUUACAGACCCUUUGGAGGGAGAAGACUGGGAUUUAUUGCAGGUUUCCAUACAGGAUAUUUUAAAAGCUUCGGUCAUGGCUCGAGUCAACGUUCUGUGCUCUCCCUUGUCUUCGUUACUGGACACAGCCAGAGAUUUGUGUUCAAGCUUGGCUAUGUUGGUGCCCAGUGAACUGUAUCUGCCUUCUCCCCCUCUUUAUUGCCCUCAGCCAUCUCCCAACACACAGGACCAAGUAGUGACGCAAGGACAGUUUGCUGAAGUUGCAUUACGUCACAAAGUGUCUUCGGUUCUUCAAAGAUUACUUCUCCUUCUGAGAUCUGCUCGUUGCUGCCUUCCCGCUGCCCAGUGGUACAUCAGCCGUCUGCGCCGUGCCAGACACAUACUGCACAAGAUUAAGAAGAAGUACUGCUAUCCUUCAGCUGCUGAAGAGGAAAAGAUUUUUCCAGAGGGCCUGCUGAAAUUUGUCACCCGCAGUGGAUUCUUCAGGCAGGGCCCUAAUAAAGAUGGACACUUGGACCCUGAUAGCAUUCAGAUCAUUAUUUGUUUUAGGGAGCUGUGUGGCUUAUGCUGGAUGCUACAUGUCAGGGAUCAACUGUCUAUUUCCUGCAGGAAGUAUCAGGCUGCCAGGCAGCAUAGUAGAGAUGAACAGAUCUCUAAAGAGUCAAAAGUGAGAUCCACUUGUACAGAAGCUCUCCACUGGGCCUGUCGGUUCUUGCCCUUCUCUCACUACCUCAGUGCUGAAGAAAUCCUUCAAGACGUACUCCUCAGCCUUGUGUCUGAACUACCUCCAGUCUCUUUGGUGGCAGACAUAUUGGUACACGCUUUCCCAGAUGAGGAAGAGUCUGUGAAAGUCUCACUGAGAGAAAAGUAUAACUCACUUCUGCACAGACUGAGGCAAUGCAAAGUGAUUGAAGGGGGAAAAGAUGAGCUGAACGAGUCAAUGAUGGUUCUGAUUCAAGACAAACGCAGGCAGAGGAGGAAACAUCUUAAGCGUCUUCAGAGGCACCUGGCCCCCCCUGAGCUCCACUUGUGGGAGGAAGGGGAAGAAGUGGAGGUCAGAGGACCCAAAAGUGGGACGGCCAUGUUCACGCAACUCUUACUCGGUACAAGUCUGAGCACCAGCACUUUAACUGACUGUGGGUUCCCUCCACUGUGCAGUGAUGGAGACACUGAGGCUAUUUCCUCUGAGCAGCACUGCACGACUAGUAAAAAAUCCAAAAAGGUAAAGAAAAAAAAACAUGCAAACAAGACUGCAGUCAAGAUGGAAGGCAGCGUUCAAGAGGAGACUCAGACAGAUGUUUCCAAGAGCAAUGAGCAGCCCUCUCUACCUGUGGUUGGCACCUGGGAGUUUGAGCUGGAAGACGAAGAAUAUCUCAACUUUCUGGAACUUUUCCUCAGCUAUGUGCUGGAGAAGGACAGUACUGACGGAGGGGACCCGGGCAGUGAACUCCCUCUGUUAAAGGGCUACUCCUCCCAGCUGAGGGAACGAGAGUUGCACUCUCUCACUUUUGAUGUGCUCACAACGGUUCAUCGUCGCCAACGCGAUGGGCACCAACCAGGGAGGAAGCACUGUGAGCCGCCUGUGUUCAGAGCCGGGUGCUGCUACAAACCCAUUACACACGGUACAACGCCAGAACCGCAGAAUUGCUCUGUCUGGAGUGCAGCUCCCAGCCUUUCGGUCAGCUCUCUUCAUGGGCUGAGGACUGGCAAGCAACAUGGAUUAUUUGGCCUCCCCCAGAAAACUGUGGCUUCAACCCAAUCAAUGAAGAGACACCAGUCUGAUUGUGAGACCAGGAUGUUUGAUGCCUCUACUUCUGUAGAACAUGUUCCUGAAGUGCAGCAGGGCCUGGAUCCAAAAUUAGAGGCUCAGUUUCCAGAGCUGGGCAGGCUGCUGGAGUGGAUGGUACGCUGGUCUGACAGGAAGGUGCUACUUGGACAUCACCAGAGAAGGAGAAAGGAGAGUGGGGGAGGGCCUGGAGCAGCAGCUGAUGAAGGAGUGGUGAUUCGUGUCAAAGCCUCAUCUACUGCUGUUCUUACGUCUCUCAGCUUGUUACAGUGUAGAUACGCUGCUCUGUUGGAGUCUGGCGGCCGCAAAGCUCACAUCCAAGUUCCAGAUACACAGUGGACUGUAUCCCCUGUGCUACAACCUGUGGUGGACAGGAAGCUGGAGCGAGAGAGCAGUGUGGAUACAGGCUACCCUGGAUCAGCCUACACUCCCAUAGCUGGUCUUGAGCACAACCUGCAACAAGAACUGUCCAUUGGUUCUCAUUCAGGUGAACCAGAGGAAUCAACAUGUCCCAGGACGCCUCCUCAUAGUAAUUAUGAACAGCUAACUCCUGAUGCUCAGAGGAGACAGUCAAGUUUACAACAGCCAUCUUUGGGUGACUUAGAUGUUACACCUGAAAAAGAAGGAAAAAAUGAGAGUGAGGGACUGGAAGCUUCAUCUUCUGUUUCCCAUGCUAACAUUUGUACACCUGAAGCAAGUUUAAAGCUUGCAGACCUAGACGUCUCAGAAAAUGCUGAUGACACAACAACUUCCAUAACUCUGCACAGUCAGGCUGAAAGCCUACAAGCCCCUCCACACCCGGAGCCCCAAGCUCGUUCCUUUGUUCAGCCUGAGGCCUUGGUUCACCCAGAACUUUCUCAUUCAUCCGGAGGGCUGCUCCCCAACACGGCCUCAGGUUCUCCUAACGUUCAUCCACAGACCUCCACAGCUGGUGAAGCCGCUGCUGUUUUUACGGCUUCCAAUCAGCCUUUACCCACUGAUGCUCCACCACUGAGACAGCGUCUUGGUGAAGACUUAUUCCGACUGGUCCAGCAUAUCAACCAUAUGAGCCUAAUGGAGGUUUUGGGAGCUUCAUUUUCCAGCUUGCAGCUUGCCCAGCAAAGCUCUUCUUUGGCACAGUCUUACACAAACCUUGCUCACCCUAAUGUGCUGUCAUCGUACGUUACCAAUUCCAUCCCUCAGCCAAAUGGCUUACCUGUUCAGACCCCUGUUUCUGUGACACCUCAAACACAUACACAUGCCCCAAACUCAGGAUUCAACAACCCUCAGUUCAGUCAGCAUGGAUCUGUUUUCGCUGACCUACCUGCUGCUCACAGCUCAGUGAAAGCCUCUACAGCAGGUGGCCAGCAUCAUACCACCAGACAGCUACCUACCACUGCAAACAGUGAAGGAAUUCAUUACCAGGAAAUACAGCCACUUUCUGUCCAGGCCGAAUCGCCAAGUAGAAUAAGAGAGAGCAAGACCACGAUCCCAUCCUCCCAGGGGCUUCUGAAUACUACUGACCUUACUCGUGUCAUUCCUACUGCCCCUGUGGUUUUGCCAAAAAAUAGUAGCAUACAAAAAACCCCUGCUCCUCAGCCUUUAAGCCUGAAGUUACUUCAGCUCCAUACUCUUCCACAGAGUGCCUCAAAUCAUCCAGUGGCCCAAGGUCCUUGGAUGCUGCCAACUGAAAAUCAUGGAACUCUCGAGUCCCAUCAGCACAAACACAGUCAUCAACAUACCUUAAUAAGGGCAACGGAGGAAAGAGGAAGCGGUAGCUCAGUACCAAGAGAACAAAUAAGUGAUAAUCUUCCACAUCCUUUAAAUUCCAGGAACUGUCAGCCCCUGAUUCAAAUAUCGGAGAGACCUCAGCUGCAGAAAGUCACUAUGGGUUCUCCUGUAUCAAACCAGAAUCUUCCUCUGCUGCACUUUAAGCCUGUCCCACAAAGCCAAGUCACAUUCCCUAAACUACCCAUAGCUUCAUCUUCCAGCCCGUCUACUUUCAUUCCAGCUCCAAUGGGAGAAAUGCCUAUGAUUAAGCUUCUUUACAUAGAACCCAGUCCAAAAAUGAAGAUCCCUGUGGCGUCCCCUUCAACCCACAUGACAAGUCUCAUCUCCAUGGAGCAACUGACUAGUUCAGUGAUACGAAGGCACGGCGCUGAAGACGCUCGACUGCAGCUGCUUCAUGUAGAUCCACCUACGGAAAGCCUCAAAACCGCCUGCACUCCCAGCUACUCCUCUAGCAAGAGGAGGAAAAGGAGAGAGGAGAAGGCGAGAAGAACAGAAGUCACCUUCAGGCCUGAUGACUCCAUCAUCCUUGCCCAAGAACCAACAGAAGAGCCUAGAAAUAAAGAGCCAGCAGCAGCAGAUCAGAUGAUCCCUGGGCAGGACAUUACAUUUCAACUUGGAUCCUUAGACUCUGUUCUAACAGGUCAGAGGUUAAUAGACAAGGCCGUGUCCACUUCAAUCGAGCUCCAUGCCUUUGCUUCCACGUGUAAAAGCCCCCCAGAGUGCCACGACGCUUUCACCAACACAGAAUCAGUUUCUCCUCCAAAAGUUGUGGAUAAAGCUGUGUCCGUCUCUGUGACACUUAGUGGCCCUGAAUCACAAAGCCCAGGCAGUUUCCAGAUUGUUAAUGUUAAAGACAAAGAGGGGACCCUAAAGAGAAAACAGAAUGUUCUGGACACGUGUGGCCGCAAGUUCAUAAGUGUUUUGGAUCUGGAAGAUGAAAGGCUGAAUCAGGAGUUGCCACCCAGUGUCAGCCAAAGAAUACCGGAUCCUGUCCGUCCUCCUUCCCCGACUUCUGCUCAGCUUCAUGUUCUUGCAGCGUCUGUCAUUAGAGGUGCCGGUGGUGCUGCUGAUAAGCCACAGCCAUCAUACAUAACUACACAGAAUCUCCUGCAACCCAGCACUGAGCCAGCUCUCAUUUUCUCAGAUGUUGCAGAGGAGGUUCCCUCACUCAGCCACAUUGAGUCCAACAGAUAUUCAGGCCCAGUCGUCCCACAGGAAGUUGCAGAGUCAUUUGACUCUAAGAUCAGUCAAGUCAUAAAGAGCCAGAGUGCUGGACCACACAGAGCUGCCUCCACACCUCCUGCAGCCUGGUUCUCCUCUCACCUGUCGGAGCUGGAUGUCCAACUGAAUGCAUUACAGAAAAUUGCAGACUGUCUAGAGGCUGACUUUCACAAUUCGAGGAUGCUGGUGAACACGAUUGAAAAGCUCACCUCAGACCCGGCUUCUGAUGUGAAGAUUCCAAGAACACCGAAAAAAACUGUCAGACUACUUGUUCCACAGGAAGCGUGGGCACCUCAACCCGACAUUCUAACUGAGCAAAACCUCUCUGAAGAUGAAGAAACAAAUCAGGAGGAAGAAUAUGCAUCCCCCCAAAUCAAGCCUUCGUUCCAUCAUUCCACUCAUUUGUCUACUAGUCAAAGCAGGGCCCCUUCCUUCCUUCACACACCUCUAAAUCAGUUGAAUGAAGCAUCUGUAAUGUCGGAAGUAGGUGCAGAUGAGAAUGUGAGUCAGAAUGGGCUAUCUGAUACAGCAGAAAUCUUAGAGGAGUUGGUAAAGGAAGGGUAUUUGUCCGCGACGGACCUGGAUUUUUCCACUGCAGAGACUUCACACCGUAGCCGCAGGCCGGAUCAGCAGCGUAAUAGAAGGAUGUCGCAGUCCAGUGUUCUUCCAGAGGAUCAGAGGAGAGAGCUGCGGGUCUGGAUGAGAAGGAAACAGAGGGAAAGACUUGCUGUUUACCAGAAACACAGAGAGAGCCUCCGGGAGAGGGAACGCAAACCUUUCACUCCCUCUAAAGCAGCGAAAUCAGCCACAAGAAAUCCAGAAGCCAGGGAAGAAGACAAGAGGUUCAAACUACUGGAGCAAUACAACCAGAGGACCAGCGAGGCUUGUUCUCUGGUCAGUGGCUUGUCACAGCCUGAAGGUGCUCCAGUGCCUUCAAACAUAAGAUCUGCCUCUGCUCCACGCUCUGGAAACACUUACAGGCCUCGUGGGCUAUUUAUCAAUGAAAAGGUCCAGUCAGGGCAAACUCAGUCUCAUCGACCAUUGACUGCAGAUGUGCAAGGGUGGCCUUCAGAGGAUUAUCGCAGGAGACUGGGACUGCAUAGACCAGUUACCGUUCUGCCGAGGGACCGUCUGUCUCAGGUGACCAGACGUGGCAUGUUGACACAAAGCGCCACAAAGAAUAUGCACGCAGGCAACCAGGUUGGAGGAAAGCAUGGUGGAUACCAGAAAAAAACACAGUUAAACAAAGGUCCUUGGACUGCUGGGGGCACUGGAAUACAGAGAGAUCACCCACAUGUGGAAAUGAGAAAAGAAGAGAAUCUUUGGGAGUCCACUUCAGAAAUCAAUAGGCUGCUGGACCUGGAGGAGUUAGAGUCUAACGUGAUUUCUGCUGGACCGCUGGAAAAACAGAAUGAUGGUUCAGGCGCUGGUGCGUCAGGGAUGGACUGGCUGGACAAUCUCUCUGAGGAGAGCACCCUCAGCAAAAUAGACUGGGCUGCUAUUGAGCACCUGGUGGCUACAGAGGAUGAUUGAGCCUGACCCUAACCUAAGGAAUGGAAAGCAGGGACUGAGCACGACUUGAGAUUUAAAUAAUUACAUAUGAUCAACAAUAAUAUCAAAUAUAUCAAAGUUAAUACUUGCAAAGCAAACAUUCACAUAUACAUAUGAGAUAUAAACUGUUUAAUUUUUAUAUACCUAUAAUAGAUGUUUUUCCUACACAUUAACAUCUCUGUCUGUGCCAUUAUGUGUUUGUGUUUAUCUAUUUUGUUCUGAUUUAAGUGCAAUAAAAUAUUUUGAUUUGCA